CCUCCUCCUCCUCCUCCCGAGUCCUCAGAGUGCCUGUAUGUGAGCUCCUGGGCCUCCAAAGAAAACAGACACGCAAGUAAGGAGGAACAUCUCUUCUUCUCUCCUCACUCCAUUCACAGCGCCUGCGAGAACUCGCCCCUGCUGGGACCUCUCGACCGAGCCCCCGUUUGCUUUCUCCCACCGUGACAUGGACUAUUCCAGUUGAAAGCGAAAAGCCUUAACGCUAUUUUUCUGGCCGUGACCCAACUUGACUCAGCGAUGACACCUUGACUUUGGAUUUUUAGCACCGAACUCAAAGUCUCUGUUUUGUAAGUAGCCAAAUAUGGGUUCUGAUGUACGUGACCUCAACACUCUUCUCCCUCCCGUGGCCCCGCUGCCCGGGGGCAAUGGUAACUGCGCCCUGCCCGUGAGCAGCACCCCACAGUGGGCUCCGAUGCUGGACUUUCACACCGGCGCUCCCUACAGCUCACUGGCCCCGCACUCCUUCAUCAAGCAGGAGCCCAGCUGGGGUACGGCCGAUCCCCAUGAAGACCCUCACUGCGGGCUGAGCGCCUUCACCGUGCACUUCUCCGGGCAGUUCACUGGCACUGGGGCCUGCAGGUACGGGGCCUUCGGGGCCCCUACAUCAAGCCAGCCUCCACCUAGCCAACCCAGGAUGUUCAGCAACGGCCCUUACCUCUCCAACUGCAUGGACAGCCAACCCAGCUCCAGGAAUCAGGGUUACGGCACAGUUUCUUUUGAUGGAGCCACAAACUACGGCCACACGCCUUCCCACCACACCUCGCAGUUUCCCAACCAUUCCUUCAAGCACGAGGACCCUAUAACGCAGCAAAGCAACAUGGGUGACCAGCAGUAUCCCGUUCCUCCUCCGGUAUACGGCUGCCACACUCCCUCUGACAGCUGUACAGGAAGUCAGGCUCUGCUUCUGAGGAACCCAUACAACAGUGAUAAUUUAUAUCAAAUGGCGUCACAGUUGGAAUGCAUGGCGUGGAAUCCCGUCAACCCUCUGGCGUCCACUAUAAAAAGCCAUGCAGGAGGCUAUGAGAGUGACCCCAGCACGCCCAUGGUCUACAGCUGCAGCACGCAGUACCGCAUCCACACCCAUGGCGUCUUUAGAGGCCUUCAGGAUGUGCGGAGAGUACCGGGCAUUACACCCACCAUUGUGCGUUCAUCCGAAACCAACGAGAAAAGGCCGUUCAUGUGCGCCUACCCGGGCUGCAACAAAAGAUACUUCAAACUGUCUCACUUACAGAUGCACAGCCGUAAACAUACAGGGGAGAAACCCUAUCAGUGUGACUUCACAGACUGUGGACGGAGGUUCUCCAGAUCAGACCAGCUAAAAAGACACCAGAGACGACACACAGGCGUUAAGCCAUUCCAGUGCGAAACCUGUCAGAGAAAGUUCUCACGGUCAGACCACCUUAAGACCCACACCCGGACACAUACAGGUAAAACAAGUGAAAAGCCGUUCAACUGCAGAUGGCCAAACUGUCAGAAGAAGUUCGCCAGGUCUGAUGAGCUCGUCCGGCACCACAACAUGCACCAGAGGAACCUGACGAAGCUACAGCUGGCCAUCUGAACCACGUCCCAUUGAAUUGGCGGCCCCACCCCAAAGCAUUAACUGCAGCUUGUUUAAGGAAAAGCAAUAGUCUGUUUCCUUUGUAAUAGUUCAGGUUAUGGUUUGGAUAGGGGAAACUAGCAAGACAUCAUCUUUAUCUGCAUGUGCAGCGCCCCCUAGAGGCAGCUCGCAAAAGGCCCCAAUACACAACUAAAGUGGUGUCAAUAUAAAAGUAUGUUUCCAGUGAGGAAACCUUACGUCUUUAUUAAGAUUUUGAGAUUUUGGAUGUGAAAUAUUAUGUACCUAACAGUUAAUGAAGUAGUUUUUAGAGUAAUUUAUUAUGUUUGUUGUAAAUUAAAAAGUAACAGUUAUUUUCUUUCCUUGUAAACUCAUCCAAACUAUCCGUCCUUGGCAUGUCGUAUCUGGAAUUGUGAAACUCUCUCCACUGAAGUGCUCGUCCGUGCUGUUUGUAAAAAUCCACGCUCUUUGACCAGCUAAUUUAUGAGUAGGUCACACUGGUUAUGUGGCUGAGCGGUUGUGGUCCAAGUUGUAAAUAUUAGUUUCAAUCCUCAGCCAACACCAAAAAAUAAAAAUCUUACAGGCAAAAUUCUGUUCAUGGGAAAUGUGACUCUUAUAAGUAACGGAAAGAAAUGUGAAACGUAUUUGGAUGGAAAUGUUUUGUUUUUUUGUUUGUUUUUGUUUUUUUUAAAUGAGCUUUAUUUGUAUGUUUGUCAAAUAUAUCUGUUACUGACAGUCAUUGUUUUUUUAAAAAUUAAACUCUCGGCAUUAACUUGAUGAAAUGUGAAGCUCCAGUUCUGCUCUGAAUUUAAUUUUAAAGGUUCAGUUUAUUAAUUUAUUUACACUACCAGUCAAAAGUUUUUGAACGGUAAGAUUUUAACGUUCUUUUAAAGAAGUCUCUACCAAGCCUGCAUUUAUUUAAUCAAAAAUACAGCAAAAGCAGUAAUAAUGUGAAAUAUUUUUACUAUUUAAAAUAACUUUGUUCUAUUUGAAUAUAUUUUAAAAUAUAAUUUAUUCCUGUGAUCAAAGCCAAAUUUUCAGAAAAAAAUGAAUGUCUUUGCUGUAUUUGGAUCUAAUAAAUGCAGACUUGGUGAGCAGAAGAGACUUCUUUUAAAAAAAACAUCAAAAUUCUUACUGUUAAAAAACUUUUGACUGGUAGUGUAUUUUUUUUAAAUGGAGAAAAAACGUACAGUUGAAAUGAAAAAAAAAAAGUACAGUUUUCUCUUGAUGAAUAGUGUCAUAUUUAGUGUCAUUUUUAAUUACUGGAUUGAUUCAGGGUUUAUGUGGGUUUUAAAAAGUAUUAAUUUGCCUUUUCACAAAAUUAAGGCCUAAAAAGUCUUAAAUUGGAGCAGAAAGUCUUAAAUUCAUAAAGGCAUGGCUUUAAAUACUGCAAAAAAAAAAAAAAAAAAUUACUUUAGAUCCAAACUAAACAUAUGAAUCUUGUUUCGAAUCGUCACAGAAUUUGCCUUCAGUACACUUAAGAAAAACUACACUUUUAAGAAAAAAUAUCAUCAUAUCAUAUCAUAUAUCUAAACAGAAAUCUUAGGUCUUUACAGCAAACAGUCAAAAUAAAAGUUUGGUUUAACUUGAAGAAAUUGUGACAAAUAUAUUAACUUAAUGUAACGACUACUACUACUACUACUACUAAAAUUAUUAUUAAAAAUUAUUAUUUAAUUAAUACACAUGAGAAAAAUGUACCAACCAAAAUUUA